AUGACAGAAAAUGUGAGCUCAAGGAUGGACACCCCAACCAACAUUUCCUUGGUGGGACCAGGGGAUCCCAUAUCCCAGUCUCUGGAGUACAAGACUGUGGCAAUUUUUCUGGUUCUGCUAGUCUGUGGACUUGGCAUUGUGGGUAAUAUCAUGGUGGUUCUGGUGGUCCUCACCACGAGACACAUGCGUACGCCCACUAACUGCUACCUGGUCAGCCUGGCCAUAGCGGACCUGACCGUGCUGGUUGCCGCUGGUCUGCCCAAUGUGUCAGACAGCCUGACGGGUACCUGGGUGUUUGGGCAUGCUGGCUGCCUUGGCAUCACCUACCUCCAGUACCUUGGCAUCAAUGUGUCCUCCUGCUCUAUCACAGCUUUUACUGUGGAGAGGUACAUUGCUAUCUGCCACCCAAUGAGGGCCCAGACAGUGUGCACGGUGUCCCGGGCCAAGCGGAUCAUAGCAGGGGUGUGGGUGUUCACCUGUGUCUACUGCAUGCUGUGGUUCUUCCUGGUGGACAUCCAGGUAAUGAAGAGCGGCAGCAUCCAGUGUGGCUACAAGGUGUCCCGUGACCUCUACCUCCCCAUUUACCUCAUUGACUUUGCCAUCUUCUAUGUAAUCCCUCUGCUCCUGGCCAUCGUCCUGUACGGCCUCAUCGCCCGCAUCCUGUACCUCAAUCCACUCCCCAACCGGCCCGAUGUGGGCACGGUCUCCUCUGGUGCCACCAUGCUCCGCAGGAGCUGCAAAGAACCAGCAGAUGGAGGGAAAGGGGGUCGUCAGGGCCGCCCGAAGAGCACGCUCUCCUCCAGGAAACAGGUCACUAAGAUGCUCUCAGUGGUGGUGAUCCUGUUCGCUUUACUGUGGAUGCCCUACCGGACCUUGGUCCUUAUUAACUCCUUCAUUGCCACACCCUACCUGGACGCAUGGUUUGUUCUGUUCUGUCGGAUCUGUAUGUAUGCCAACAGCGCCAUCAACCCCGUAGUGUACAACCUGAUGUCUCAGAAGUUCCGUUCAGCGUUCCGCAGGCUCUACAGAUGCCAGAGCCAGGAGGCCCACCACCGCACCCUCUCCAUGAUCCAGAGCGGCUACAGCAUGGCCAGGGACCCACGCACCCCACAGCAGACCAGCAACGGGACCAAACAGGGGGCCAGGAGAGUGACCUGCACUGACACAGUGACAGAGUGGCAGAGCAAAGACACCUCCCCAGCCAAAGAGAAGAAGGAUCUGGAUCACCUGAAGGAAGAUAGAAAAGACACAAGCUGUGGUGAGAUCAAAUCAACACCUCAACAAACUGAGAUCAACUCUACAUCUGGGCAAACUGAGAUCAUAUUCACGCCUAGGCAAAAUGAGAUCAAAUCUACACUUGGGCUGAAUGUGAUCAAAUCCACACCUGGACAAAAUGAGAUAAAAUCCACACCUGGGCAGAACGAGAUCAAGUCCACAACUGGGCAAAGUGAAAUCAAGUCCACAUCUGUGCAAAAUGAGAUCAAGUCCACUCCUGGGCCAACUGAGAUGACUGAGGCAGAAAUGAAUCACACAGUGCUGUAGAUAAAACAAGCCUGUUUUCACAUGAGGAAGUGAGUAUUAGUCAUUCACCAAUUCAAACACAUUUUGGUAACAUAUCAAGCCCUUGAUGGGUAUUGCAGGAUGCAUUGGAAUGGAAAAGUCAUCCAUCUCAUUACCCUUGAAUAAGCACUAUCCCCUAUUGUAGAAUGAAACGAUUCUGGCCAAUAAUACUAUAUACAUUUAGGAUUCUGGAUUUUUGACUGUUGCAUAUUCCCAAAAACCAUCAUCAACAUGUGAUAGAGAGGUAUGGACCGCUUCCAGGGAUCACUGCAGGUCUCCUCUGCUCUUGUUAGUGAAUUUCAUUAGGUACACUUCUGUUGUUAAGCUCAGAGGGAAAGAGGAAUAACAUGCUGUUCAGAGAGAGCGAGAGAGAGAGAGAACUGACUGCCUUUAAGGGAUGCCACAAAUACAUUUUUAGAAGUGCUUUUAGGUAUGAUGCUGCUUACAGAGCUCUUCUCAUCAUUCAGUUUCAAAGCCCUAAAAAUCAGAUGUGAAAUAGCAAUGAUCUGUCCUCCCUGCAGUCCAGGGACAACACUGUAAAGCACUGCCAUUUGUUCUGCAUAAAAGCCCCUGCUCAGAGCACAGGACAUGUUGAUAUAGUUGUAUCUCCACUUUGCCAAGAGAUACAUGUUAAUGUUCUGGGCCACAUGUAAGACAGUUGGAAGGAAUGGGGUAACUGUGGUUUGAGAGUACACAGGUUAAAUGCCCAUAGAUGUUAAAUGUUUGGGUUAAUAUCCGGAUAAAUAGCCGUUGUAAAUGAUCCCUUAACAAUGUUUGGGGAAGUGGGAAUAUUAGGAUGCUGGCCUUCAAAGUGGUUCAGCCAACCCAGCUCUGUGAAAAUGAGUUCAAGUUGUUGCAUUAUUGAAAGAGUGGCUCAUCCGCUGUCUACACAUCGACACCUCAUUAUGAGUCAUGGUCCCAGCCCAACCUAGGCUGAGUCUCUUUCAAAUCACACAUCCUGAAUUAAAGUGGAUUAUGUGCACAUUCUUUAUCCUGUAAUGAGAAUAACACUGUAGUUUCAGUCAUUGCUAGUGAGUAGCCAUCAAUACAUGUAUAGAUGAGUAAGGUCUGCAGCAUUUUAAUAUAGAUAGUUUCAGUGCCACAGAUUUAGUCAUCAUCCGGUUCAUGUCGUACACGUAUAGGUCCCACGGCUAUUCUACAGUAUGUCAUCUCCAAUCCCAGUGGUCGGCAGACUAUUACGUUUUAUUACACAAAUAUGGACACAUUUCAAAUCUCUAAUAAUACGUUUUUUUUUGUUGAGAAAUAAGUGCAUCAUAUUGAGACUCUAAUGGAUCCUUGGAUAUGAAUAGAAAUGCCUUUUAACACUAUCCAACUAUUUCAUUCCUGAAUGUCUUUCCAAACGUAUGUUUUGUUCAGUCGUUCAGUCGUUCAGUCGUUCAGACGCUUGAUCUCUUUUCAAUGCUUUUUUCAAAGUCUUGGUUCUCCCUCUCUGUCUUCCCAGUUUACCUUGUCUUUUAUUCGUGCCAUCUAAACCCUGUGCCUCAAAGAAAAGCACUGAACAUUUCGUCCUACGUCAUCGAGAUGGGUUGAGAAUACUUCUGUCAUUUUGCCAAAAACUGUUGAAACAUAAUUAAUGUUUUGCUUUGUAUUUGAAAAGCAGAACAUCAUUCUGUUUGUUAAGGAUAAUUACAACAUUCUCAAACAUAACUGCCGAAACAACAAAUGUGGCAUAACAAAACACUCUUUAUCUAGUUGUUUACACCGUGUAUGGAUUUGCUGAUAGGAUUUUGUAGUGUUAUUUGGACGCUGGAAAGCGUGUAUAUUUUUUGGACUGAUUUGAUUUUGUUGUCAUUAUUGGGAGCAAGAAAUCUUUCCACUUUGAUAUUGUGUCAUCAGUGCGUUGUAAUCUCAAUCUUAGAAUUGUAUUUGAUAUGCUAAACUGGUGUUUGUAAUGAUAAAUAAGCUAUGUACUGGUGUGUGGUGUACAGUAUAUGCGCACGCAGUAA